AUGGCUUUCAAGAGCCCAAAGAAAUACAAGGAUGUUGAACCAACAAUAAAGAUUGAAGAAGUGGAUGGUUUGGAAUUAGUAAAGAAAUUUGGAGAAGAAAUGGAAAGGAUGUUGGGCAGAAAAAUGAAGGCUGUUAAGAGACUUGUUGAAGCUGCUGAAGAUGCAGAUGUUAAUCAUGAAUUCAACAAGUCACUGGUGUUUGACUAUUAUAAUUCUGUGAGGAUUAAUGAAAAGAAUGAAAAUGGAACUUUUGUGGAGCUGGGACGAAGAUUUGUGCUCGAACCCAAUGAGCACUUCAAUAACCUUCUAGUCAACACCUCUUUGAGCAACAUCCAAGUCCCUACCAACGUCUACAACAAAGACCCAGACAUCCUGAAUGGUGUGUACAUGUCUGAGGCUUUAAACCCAGUGUUUGUCAACAACUUCAGGAGGGACCCAACUCUCACAUGGCAAUUCUUUGGAAGUUCAACUGGUUUCUUUCGGCUCUACCCAGGCAUCAAAUGGACACCUGAUGAGAAUGGUGUUAUCUCUUAUGACUGCCGCAACAGAAACUGGUAUAUCCAGGCUGCCACUUCUCCGAAAGACAUUGUGAUACUGAUGGAUGUCAGUGGCAGCAUGAAGGGAUUAAGAAUGACCAUCGCCAAGCACACCAUCACCACUAUCCUGGACACGCUUGGAGAGAAUGACUUUGUUAACAUCAUUGCUUACAACGAUUAUGUUCAUUAUGUGGAGCCAUGCUUCAAAGGGAUUCUGGUUCAAGCGGAUUUAGACAAUCGAGAGCACUUCAAAUUGCUUGUUGAAAACCUUCACGCCAAAGGGGUGGGUAAAGUGAAGAAUGCUCUAAAGGAAGCCUUUCGAGUCCUCUAUGAGUUCAACCAGACAGGCCAAGGAAGUCUAUGUAAUCAAGCUAUUAUGCUGAUCACUGAUGGAGCUCUGGAAGAGUAUGAAGAAGUGUUUGAGGAAUACAACUGGCCUGACCGGAAGGUUCGUGUUUUUACCUACCUGAUUGGAAGGGAAGUCACCUUUGCUGAAAAUGUAAAGUGGAUUGCAUGCAACAAUAAAGGCUAUUACACGCAGAUCUCUACAUUGGCUGACGUGCAAGAAAAUGUCAUGGAAUACCUGCAUGUGCUCAGUAGGCCAAUGGUGAUCAACCACGAUCACGAUAUCAUCUGGACAGAGGCCUACAUGGAUACUGCACUUUUUAAUUCUCAAGCCCAAAGUUUACUCCUGAUGACCACUGUGGCUAUGCCCGUUUUCAGUAAGAAAAAUGAAACGCGCUCUGAGGGAAUUCUUUUGGGAGUGGUGGGUUCUGACGUGCCUCUGAGAGAACUGAUGAAGCUGGCCCCCAGAUACAAGCUUGGAGUCCAUGGCUAUGCUUUUAUAAACACCAACAAUGGAUACAUUCUCUCGCACCCUGACUUGAGGCCUUUGUACAAAGAAGGUAAAAAGCUGAAACCAAAGCCUAACUAUAACAGUGUGGACCUGUCUGAAGUAGAGUGGGAGGAUACAGAGGAGGUUCUGAGGACUGCUAUGGUAAAUGCAAAGAUGGGCACUCUAUCAAUGGAUGUCAAAGUGACUGUGGAAAAGGGGAGAAGAGUGCUGUUCCUCACAAAUGAUUACUUUUAUACUGGGAUUAAUGAGACUCCAUUCAGCUUGGGGGUAGUUCUUUCAAGAGGACACGGUGAAUACAUCUUUUUUGGGAAUAUCUCCAUAGAAGAAGGCUUGCAUGACUUGAUGCAACCAGAUUUGUCAUUAGCAAAUGAAUGGAUUUACUGUGUGACUGACAUCGAUCCUGAUCAUCGAAAGCUCUCACAAAUGGAAGCUGUAUCAAGAUACCUUACAGGACAAGAGCCUGACCUGGAAUGUGACGAGGAGCUGGUGCAGGAAGUACUCUUUGAUGCUGUAGUCACCGCCCCCCUUGAAGCCUACUGGACAGCCCUGGCGCUCAACCUUUCAAGGGAUGAAGAUGGCAUUCAGCUUGCAUUCUUGGGUACUCGAGCUGGACUUGUUCGGCACAAUUUAUUUGUAGGAAUUGAAAAGCAGGUUGAUAAAAAAUUCCUCACCAAAGCAGAUAAAGAGAGUAUAUUCACUAUGGAUCACUUUCCUCUGUGGUACCGGCGAGCAGCAGAACAUCCAGUCGGCAGUUUUAUCUACUAUAUUCCAUACGAGGAAGGACAAGAUGUUUUCAGAGAUUAUGAAUAUGACUACUCAGAUUCACCAGACCCGGAGGAAUUAUAUGAAGACUAUGAUGAGGAAGCAAAAUCAAAGAAUGAACUUGUAAUUGCAAGCACGGCUGUCUCCGUUACCAUCAACAAAAAAAUGGCAAUUGCUGCAGCCAUUGGGCUCCAACUGAAGCUCGAACUUAUGGAAGGCUUGUUUUGGACGGCCACUAAACAGCCCAACAAUACUGAUUGCAGUCUGGUCGAAGGGAAGUGUCCAAUCAGCUGUGAAGACAAUAAUCUGAAUUGUUACCUUCUGGACAAUAAUGGCUUCAUUCUAAUUUCAAAAGAAAAAAAGCAGACAGGGAAGUUCAUUGGAGAAGUUGACGGCGCUGUGGUACUUCAGCUUGUCAGUAUGGGCAUGUUCAAGCAGGUCACGCUCUACGAUUACCAGGCCAUGUGUAAGAGCCACCAUCAUCACCACAGUGGAGCACAGCCUCUGAUGAGUCCUUUCUAUGGAUUGUUGGCAUCUCUGAAAUGGCUUCUCAGCAAUUUUCUCCUGUUCCUCAUUGAGUUUAAUUUCUGUGGAUUAUGGCAUUCGGACACUCUUGUGGAAGCCAAGGCUAUCUUCCAUUCGUCCCACAAGCACAAGAAACACGGUAUGCUUCAGCCAUGUGACACGGAGUAUCCAGCAUUUGUGUAUGAACCGUCUAUUAAAGAGACCAACGGUUUCAUUUCUUGUGAUGGCUGUCAAAAAAUGUUCGUGGUCCAGCAGAUUGCCAACAGCAAUUUACUGAUGCUGAUAACAGAAGCUGAAUGUGACUGCAGUAUCUUCCCUCCUGUCACACUCCAGGCGAAGGAAGUCAAAUAUAAUGCAUCUGUGAAGUGCGAACGAAUGCGCUCUCAGAAAACCCGCAAGAGACCCGACACGUGCCACUCUUUUCACCCUGAGGAAAAUGCUCAAGACUGCGGAGGAGCGUCUCAGAUCUCCUUCUCCCUGGAGCUGCUCCUACUUCUUCUCGGCACAGCAAUGGCAGCAUCACGGUGA